AGCAAAUUCCCCUCCAAGUACCUAAGCGAUCGUCAGCCAUCCAAUGGUUGAGCAGAGCUGAGCAGCAAUCAGCCAAUGGUUGAGCAAUGCUGAGCAAAGCUCACGCUCAACAGACCAAUCAUUGAGCGAGGAUCGGAAUACGUCAUCUAGCUGUGUGAGCUGUUAUACAAAAAUACUGGUGGCCAUUGAUGAACGAUUGGACUGUUUUCUUUACUCUCAGAUGAGUCAUGGAGAAGUUUAAACAUCGGUGCAGCGUGUGCGACAAGACUUUCACUGAAAAGUCCAACCUGACGAGGCAUCUGAAGAUCCAUGCUAUAAGUAUAAGAAUGUCAGGGGAGAGAUGGCCGAGAGGAAGCUCUUUAAGGAGAAGAUGGAGUUCCACCCGCCCCCACCUCCUAUGGCCGUCAAGGGAGCUGUGCCCAACAUGCUCUCCUUCUUCACCACCCCUGCCUUCUUCUGGCGCCCGGUCGGCGUGAUGAAGGCAUUGAUCCGCUGCCCCAACACCAACUGCCCCGCACCGCCAGAGUACUACCUGGAGAAGAGAGGGUACGGCAGCUACGCCAGGCAAGUGUACGGCUUGAACUUCCUUUACACCCUGCUGACCGAGAGGUUGAUGUGCAAACACUGUCUCAAGCUGAGGGAGGAGCCAAGCCAGACGCAGGCGGACGACGAGGAGGACGGCGCCCACCGUGCCCAGCUGCAGUACACCUGGCUGGCGUACAGUCCGAAAAUUCUGAUGAACCUUGCCCCGGCCGUCAGAAGCAUGUUCCCUGCCAUAGUCUGUGGCAAGCGUGCUGUGGACAGGAGUGUCGUCACCCUGAUGAGCGACCGACUCAACGCUGUGUCAAUGAGCAAGGUGCAGAGGCUGCUGCAGCAGGGCCACGACGAGUGGUACGUGGAGCGUCGGGACUUGUACCAGACUCUCCUGUACGAUGCCCACACGUCGGCGGCUGGAUCGUCUCAGCAAGGCAUCCUGUCGUUUGCCAGAGCAGCCGGCACUUACACCCUUCCCAUCGCCCCGUCUCCCCUUCCGUCUGCUCGGGUCCUGAGGCGUGCGCACCUGAUCCUGGAGAUGGAGAAGAUGCCCGUGUACAGGGACCAAAUCCUCAGUACGACUGGGGAAAUCUUGUGCAUCGACGGCACAAGGAAGAUUCUCAAGAAGAUCUACGGCGACGGCCAGGGCACCAUGCAGUACGUCACCAGCGUGCUGAAUGAGUGGGGUCAGUUCUUGACCACAGUGGUGGUGGCGUCCGAGUCCGAGGGCUGCUACGCACGCAUGGCCAGAGGUCUGGUCGCCCGCUUUCGCCGUGCCAACGCUCCUGCUCCAAAGGUGGUGUACGCGGACAACAAUUUGCAGUUGAAGAAGAGCAGUCGCGUGAGGAAGAGGAGGAAGAGGAGGAGGAGGAGGAGUCGGCUGAGCAGGGAGACGACGAGACUGCGGACGAGGGUCUCGGCAUGUCUUCUGAUACAGAGGAGGACCCGAUAGACAGAGUCUGUGG